GCGCCGCUACUCCUCUUCCCCACGCUGAGGGAGACGCAGAAUACAACAAACCCGAGCGCUGAGACUGAGGGUUCGUUUCUCAUCCUCUCCCCCCCCACUCCAAAAAAAAAAAAAAAACCAAAACAAACCCCCAGCUAUUUUCGGUUGGAAUUCCGACACAGACGCUUAUGGGAAUUUGAAAAGAAAGUGGGAAGAAAACAACAAGAAGAAGAAAGAAAAACCGCAAAGAAAGCAGACGGCUUGUCUUCAGCAUCUUCCCUUCGCAUCUCCUCCUCACCUCUCCAAAAGACUCCCGGCUCUCCCACCCUGAAUAUAUCUCUCCAGUGGUCGUUUUUACCCCCUCCUGUAUACGAGAAGCGCUUUUUUUUUUUUUUUUUUUGGUUUUCUGUCUGUUUGAGGGAGUCCCAACUCCGUUUCUGACCCGCUGGAAGGAAUCCGAAGGAGACCCCGAGAGCUGAGAGCUGGCCGGACGUUGUAGUUUUCGUCUCCCCGACGCAGGCGGCGGAUCAUCGCGUGAAAAAGACUGGAAAUUAUUAAUCCCGCACACACCGCCGUACCGCAUGGUGGGAAUUUCUGCCUCCUUUCAGUAUCGCACUGGGAAGCGUUCCACCAUGCCCGACUCACCUGCGGAUGUCAAGACGCAGUCCAGGUUGACGCCCCCCACCAUGCCGCCUCCGCCCAGUACACAAGGGGCUCCCCGCAACAGCUCCUACACACCCACCACAUUGACAAAUGGCAGUAGCCACUCCCCGACGGCCCUCAACGGCGCGCCAUCCCCUCCGAACGGCUACAGCAACGGCCCCAGCUCGUCCUCCUCGUCUUCGCUGGCCAACCAGCAGAUGCCGCCGGCUUGCGGUGCCCGGCAGCUCAGCAAACUCAAGCGAUUCCUCACCACUCUGCAACAGUUCGGGAACGACAUCUCGCCCGAAAUCGGCGAACGGGUUCGCACACUGGUGCUGGGACUAGUGAAUUCCACGCUAACCAUCGAGGAAUUCCACUCCAAGCUCCAAGAAGCCACCAACUUCCCCCUACGACCUUUUGUCGUACCCUUCCUGAAGGCCAACCUGCCGUUGCUUCAGAGGGAGCUUCUACACUGUGCCAGGCUCGCCAAGCAGAACCCAGCUCAGUAUCUGGCUCAGCACGAGCAGCUACUCCUAGACACCAGCACCACGUCCCCCGUGGACUCCUCCGAGCUCCUGCUCGACGUCAACGAGAACGGCAAGAGAAGGACGCCAGACAGAACCAAAGAGAACGGCUUCGAGCGAGACGGCACCAUCCACCCAGACGUCCACCCGAGCAAACGACCCUGCACCAUGAGCCCCGCCCAGCGCUUCAGUCCGUCCAACGGACUCUCCUACCAACCCAACGGGCUGCCCCACCCGGGCCCCCUUCCUCCACAGCACUACAGGCUAGACGACAUGGCCAUCGCCCAUCACUACCGUGACACGUACAGACACCCAGCCUCCAAUCACAGAGAAAUCCGAGAGCGAGCCAGGCCUAUUGGUAUGCAUGCGGGGAGCAGGCAGGAAGAGGUGAUCGACCACAGACUGACGGACAGAGAAUGGGCUGAGGAGUGGAAGCACCUUGACCAUGUAAGAAAACUGCUGAACUGCAUCAUGGACAUGGUGGAGAAAACGAGGCGCUCGCUGACGGUGCUGCGGAGGUGCCAGGAGGCCGACCGCGAGGAGCUCAACUAUUGGAUUAGGCGUUACAGCGACGCCGAGGAGCUGAAGAAGGGGGCGUCCAGCGGGCAGUCGAGGCAGCAGAGCCCUGCAGCACAGGAAAAUGCAACAUCAGAAAUUCACAGGGAGCUUCUGCACCGGCCCGUGUCUGGUUAUGUCCCAGAAGAGAUCUGGAAAAAAGCUGAAGAGGCGGUGAACGAGGUCAAGCGACAGGCCAUGUCUGAGCUGCAGAAGGCCGUGUCGGAGGCCGAGCGAAAGGCUCACGAGAUGAUCAGCAGCGAGCGGGCGAAGAUGGAGCACACGGUAGCUGAGGCCAAACGUCAGGCAGCCGAGGACGCGCUCUCCGUCAUCAACCAGCAGGAAGACUCCAGCGAGAGCUGCUGGAACUGUGGUCGUAAGGCCAGCGAGACGUGCAGCGGCUGCAACACGGCGCGUUACUGCGGCUCCUUCUGCCAGCACAAGGACUGGGAGAAGCACCACCAUGUCUGCGGUCAGACCCUCCAGGCCCAGCAGCAGCAGCAGCAACAGUCCAGCCAGCAGCAAGGAGGAGCUCCGGGCUCAGAGACUCCUGCUCCCAUCAGCUCGUCAGCCUGCACUCCGAGCAGCGGCACCGGAAGUCCGGCUGCGACCCCGCCUGCCGCCACCCCGCGCUCAUCCACCCCCAGCACCCCGUCCUCCUCCGCCCUCGACGGCACGCCUCGCUAGGAAAGCUUCCUGUGUUCUUCAGUCGGUUCUUAAAACCCACAAACAGCAUGACUUGUCCUCAUCUUGACAUUGCCUUGCAAAGAUUCCGAGGAAACGCGGCUCGCGGACACGGACUGCGGUGCUUCUGUCUGACUUGCAACGUGGUUGAAGGAGGAGGAAGACGAGGUCCAAAAUCAGGUCAUAUUGACUUGCCAUGACUUUAAGGAAACACAAAGAUAUUCUUUGUUUUGAAUGAAUGAAUUUAAAAUUGACAUCCUUUUAUCGCUACACUUCUUUACUCUUGUCGUUUGUCGUUGUACCUGUCGUUGUCAAUGUCGUCAUUGUAGCUUAUCUUACUUUCCCUUGUAAAUAUGAAAAGACUGGUAGGAGGAACUCAAGGCCUCCCCUUCACAAAGGUUUUAUUUUUAAUGCUUCAGUUAAGCUUUAUUUCCUCUUGGUUCCAGACCUUACACCUAAGUUAACUUUACAUACAGAGCAGAAUGACCGAAGUGGUCAAUGCUCACAGCAAAUGAAGAGAUUAGAUUUUAAUACAGGCUGAUGAAUAAAUAAGGGAUGGACUGAACCUCUGGCUCGCAGACCCAGCCGCCAAGAAAUGGGCAGAUGUGCAGCAGAUUGCAAGUCAAGCCAGCUGUUCGGGCGGCAUUAUUUCCCUCUCGCUUGUCGUAAUAUCCAGGUCAGUGGGCUGUGAAAUCCGAAUCCGAGUCCCCCCGAAGGACGCAAAAGGAAGACUUCUUGGACAGAAUGCAAAGACUUUGCCCACAGCGCGCGCACACACUCACACAAGGACGCACGGCGAAACGUCGCGCGUGCACGCUCGCCCGGUUACAAAAGCUCUUUAACAACCAGAAAAUGAGGUUAUCAUCUCGCCUGCGAGACUGUCAGACAUCUUCGAUGGCAGCCGCUGGGCGGCUCAGACCUGGAAACCCAACAGUGCGCAGACACGCUCCUCCUCUCUCAACUUUUCUCCAUGCUUUUUAUUCAUUUUCUGUAGAUGUCACGCUGUUAAGCUUCCCGUCCUGUGGCGUCACUAAUGGUUAUUUAUUGAAUAUGUGUUGGACACUUGUGACAAUGCAUAGCACCUGGGGGGAAAAAAA